AUGGACGUGCCUGCAUCACAGAAACCUCCUCGCCCAAACUUGCAGCAACCGCCUAGACCAUCUUUGGAAGGAAAUACUCGCUCUAAUGUUACUUUCAAGGUGCCUCGAUUCCAAACGGAAAAGGUACCAUUGCAACAUGGACAAGUCAUUGAACAUUUACAAGAAAAUCAAAGAGGGUCAGCACUGUUUGGGAAACCUCGGUUUUCAUCAAAGUCCUUGCUACCAUCUGAUUUCCCUGCAUGGAGCGAUACUCGCGGAACUUUCAGAACCGAAAAAGAGCAUCAGAAUCCACCACCUGGUUGGGCAUGGGUUCAACCAAGCUGGGUAUUAGACUUGCACGGGGAUGUAGACGCAGAAGGAUGGUGCUAUGGCUUUUCAUUCAACGCAAAACACUGGCAAGGUAUAUCGCUUUCCUAUGAUUUCGAGCUUUUGUCUUUCUUCGUAUUCGUGCAUCGCUACGACCCAUCUCCCAUCAUAACUACCAUAAUAGGCAAUGCAGCUCCUACAGUCUAUGUUCGAAAACGAAGUUGGAGCCGUACAAGGAAACCAGUCGAUCCAAAAAGCAUUCCGGCUUCAUCAACAGCACUCAAUUUUCCAGUUGGUUCUAAAUUCCAACACAAUGCACAUGAAUCAAUGUAUACCGAUCGAUCGUCUACGUCUGCAAGUACUGUAACCACUGAUACAGUGCCAAACUUGACUGCUGGUGAUGUUUACACUCGCAUGGCACAUGCUAGAUGUGACCGCGAAAGGUUGCUUGUUGUUGCUGAGAUUGCUGGAACUGAAGAAGUCUCUGUUCUCCCAAUGCAAAAACUGAUUGGUGACUUCAAUCACGACUAUUGCAAGCUGGCUGCCAUGAAACUCCUGUUGGCUAAUGAGCCAUCAGAAAAGUUGGCCGCUUCGUUGAACCAGAUGGUUGAUUUGCUGCCAUUUUAUGGUGAUAAGAUGGAACUCGUGUCGCACUUCAAAGGCCACCUGUAA